CUAGGUAAUCGUUGAGCAGUCUGUCUGUCUGUUAAAGUCUCACAGUUACCAGAGAACUAGUAGUUAAAAUUUCAGUUAGUGUAACUGUUCGGGUUUGAGUCCUUGUAUCUUCGUUUACUAUAUUAUUGAUUGUGACUAGUGGCUUGUUUUGUCAAGGCUUUCCUAACGUUACCUUCAUACCCCGUCGAUAUGGCGGGGAGCUCGAAUCCAAUCGUGAACGCAGUCAAUAAACUGCUUGACUGGAUAAAAUCUCUCUUUUGGAAGGAGGAGAUGGAGCUGACACUUGUCGGCCUUCAAUAUUCUGGAAAGACGACCUUUGUUAACGUUAUCUCGUCGGAAAAGUUUAGUGAAGACAUGAUUCCAACAGUCGGAUUCAAUAUGCGAAAAAUCACCAAAGGAAAUGUUACUAUUAAGAUGUGGGACAUUGGUGGCCAGCCCCGUUUCCGUAGUAUGUGGGAACGAUACUGCCGAGGUGUUAACGCCAUUGUCUAUAUGGUUGAUGCAGCGGAUCGUGACAAAAUCGAGCCUGCUCGUAAUGAACUACACACUCUCCUUGACAAACCUCAGUUGGCAGAGAUACCCGUUUUGGUACUUGGAAACAAGCGAGAUUUACCCGACGCUCUGGACGAAAAGGAUAUCAUCGAACAGAUGAAUCUUGGUGCAGUUACAGAUCGAGAAAUUUGCUGUUAUUCUAUCUCCUGCAAGGAAAGGGAGAAUAUUAAUAUAACCCUACAGUGGCUAAUUGCGCACGCAAAGACCCACUAGCACCCAACAUAAUUGUACCGAUUUGUUCGUGUGGAACCCGUUGGCUAGAUAAAAUCAAUCUCAAUCAAUAGUCGUCAAUCUCGAGCUAGUCUCAAGAUUGAUAUAUGCCAUUGCCACCUUUACUUUGUCCCCGUAUCGGGGUGUGACGAACAUGGAGUGAUGAAACAGAACUGAAACUGAAGUAACUGGCUGUUUCUUUUUGCCUUUAAUGUUUAUCAUCAUCACCAUCACAACCAUAAUCAUCAUCAUCAGCAUCAUCAUCAUCGUUAUCGCUGUCUUACGACGAUCGUUACAAAACACCAAUAGUUCGAAAAACUCAACCCAACUAGUAUUUACUGUCCGACCGCAAUAUCAUUUAUUAGAACGCCAUCUCCUUCUAGCAUGGCUUCGCGUAGAAGCAGUGUCAGCAUUACCACCGCAGAAGUGAUAUCGCGCUGUCAUACUCGUUCAAACAUAAUAUACACGCAGAUACACCACAUUACCUUGUUCAUAGACUUAGACAUAGACAUCCUUGCGACACAGCUCCUAUGGUGAAGUACGAUCAUUCUAGGCUAAACGAUGUUGUCCCCCCAGUAGCUUAGUAGGUAACGUAUCUGCCUGCAUAUCUUAGGGAUACGUUGAAGUCUAGGUUCGAAUCCAUACACUUUAUUUCAAGAUGGGCUCCAGCCGUCUGAUCAACUAUUUAACGGCGAUACGCUAAACAUGGAGAAACUAACGCAGAUUUUCUUUCAACUUCUUUGGAUUUAAAGCACUGCAAAGUAUGCUUUUUGUGCUCUUUAGAGAGUUAGGUAUUACGUAAAGUUAAGCAGUGAUGAGGCAGAGCAACAGAUCAAUAGGCUUUUUGUCUAGCGUCUCUGUGCUUCAUUCCCGAAGAUAAUCGCCCUUCGUGGCGUUCAAGUGCUACAAAUUGCGACAAGCACUGCGACACUAAUAAUUCAUUGACCUGUUUGACUAGAAUUUAGUUUUCCUUUAGAGACUUUAAAUUAAAGGUUAUUAUUCGGAUGACGAUGAUAAUAAUAAUGGUACAUAUCGCACCUGGUUUUUCUAGGAGUGUCCAAAGAAGAGACUAGCCACAUAUGCGCAUUGUUACUAUGACUACGGCAGUUACGUAAUGGUUGCAUUAAUGGGUUCAGCUUGAGCUGCUGCUGACGUCGCUCCUUUCCCUUUUACUAGUUUUGUUAUUCGCGACAGCGACGUUGUUGUUGUUGAUGAUGAUGAUAACCACGACGGCGGUGAUGAUAUGCAAACGAAGCAAACAAUCACUCGAAAGUAUCAGCCCCUGUGCUUCCAACUAAAAAUGACAAUAAAGAAUAAUAGUAAUAAUAAUGUAAAGCUGGCAGUCGGCCGUAUCUAAAGUGUAAACGUAAGUAAGGUAUGUUUUUUGCGGGAAAGGGGCGUAAGCUGUUCGCAACGAUGAAACAAAACCCAGGUUUCUUGAGAGAACAGAAAGCAAGCGAAAAGUCCCCGUUUGGUAUUCGCAGUUUCUUUGUGUGCAGUGUAUUAAUGUUGGUAACUUCUGUGAAUGCAUGUCGCAUAUUUUGAUGAGUGACUGAAAGAAUUCCAAGAAAAAUGUGGGAAGAGAAGCUGAAGACGUGAGCAACACGGAAAGAGAACGCGAAUGCCAAGCCAGCAAAAGGAUUACACAUGAUAAAGGUUGUAAGAACCCGCUUCGAACGACUGCCCCAACAAUGUUUUGCAGAAAAACUGGAAUGAAUAAUGUAGGAAUUUAAUGUUCUCAAUUAAAAAAGUAGGCUACGUGCCAAUUUGGCACCCAAAGUUUCCGCUUAAUUUUUUUCAAUUGGUACAGUCUAUGGCUUAAAAUAAAUAACCUAGCUAACUUAAUAGAGAUAAGCUAGCUUACGCGGUCACGAUUUAUAUAAGAAACACAUGCGUCGCUUACGUUCGACUGAUUAUAAGGAACAAUUGAUUAAUUCAAGGCGUCAGGGUAGACCAUCUGACGCCACUCCCGGAGUCUUUGGUCAUAAUUUAAAAACAACAAAGUGAACAUUUAUACCAUAAGAACGUCUACGAAAGUAGCCAUUAUUGUGGCUGAUUAUAAAUUUGGGUGCCAAAUAUGACCCACUUAGGUCAUGACUGUUUUAGUAUUUCAUGACUGUUUUAUGAAUGGAUUAUAAUAGUAGACCGGAAGGAACAGACCUGUUUACUAGUUCAGUGCCCAUACUUCACUAGAAAUAGCCACUGGACUUCAAUGAAUUCACGUUUUAUAUAUUGUAUAGAGUCGGCUACAUAUGUCAGAGAAAGGGGCUGGUAGUUUGUUUUUUUGGGACUUUUAAGUUCAAAAAUCGCGUCUGAGCUUGUUACGGCCAUACAGAGAGGGCACCGUGAUGUUGAGAAGGCAUCGUGAUGUUGAAGGUUUCAUGUAACACGCGCUAAACCAUACUUUGCAACGAGGUUAAUUAUGUUAAGAAGGUAAUGCCUUUUUUGGUACUGUAUAUUCGCAAAGUUACGUAUUAAACAAACGCAAGUCGCUAGAAAAGUUGAAACACAUUUUUGCGAUUAUUUAAUUGCUUUAGUUAUAUAGCUGGCAUAAAAUUAUAUAAAUUGUGUCUAUGAAAGCGGUUUAACUAAUACACAUAACGAUAGAGUUGUAGUAUUUACAGGCUGAUAUUCAAUCACUACUUACGGGACAACCGUAUAAAGCUUGUUGAUGAAGUAGUAGUGAAACUUACGGUAGUGAAUGCGUUCCAAGUUAAUUUCCAAAUACUUGCUGGCAACACGUUGCGAUAUGCUUGUGGUAGUCAUUAUAUAUUGCUUUCAUGAAAGAAUCUCUCCUUUGAUAAAAUGCUCGUAGUGGCCCCCGUUGUGGGCCCCGAGGCCGAUAAAACCUCUAUACAAGACUAUACUGUAAUGUAUUAAAUAUAUAUACAUAUAAAUAAUAAUAUUAAAAAACUAGGUUGGAGAAAAAGAGUGCAAUAUCGUGAUCAUUAGCAUUAUAGUUCUUAAUGUUAGCGGUCGGAAUGGACGUAAGAGUAUCAAGGUGAAUGUUGAAAAGGGACAUGUGUGUGAAUUGCUUAAAUAUAUUAAUUAAUCUCCCUUAAGUGCUCUCUUGUAUAUACAAUUAAAAACCUAGAAACAGAAUAGCAUAGUCAGCGCCCAAAUAAAUUGAAUAGAUUUGACCAAAAGAAUCUGAGCUUAA